GUUUCCAAUACAAGUCCUAUGUACUAAAAUCGGAUAUAUAUUAUACCUCAAGUUUAUAAAUUUAAGUUGCUGAGGACGAGGCUUUUAAUCAUCUUGCUAUAUUACUGGUAACAUUUGAACCGCCACUAAAAGCAUCUUAUCUUACUUUAAUUGCUGAAAUAUGGAUUCUGACAAAGGACUUGACGAUAUGUCGCAGAAGGAAAAGGAAAAGUUUGCGCGGGAAAACCACUCAGAAAUUGAGAGGAGAAGACGGAAUAAAAUGACGGCUUAUAUAACUGAGUUGUCUGACAUGGUGCCCACAUGCAGUGCACUUGCAAGGAAACCUGAUAAGUUGACAAUACUACGGAUGGCUGUGUCUCAUAUGAAGCAAUUACGUGGAGCUAUGGGUGGGGGUGUAGAAAACAAUUAUAAACCAUCAUUUCUAACUGACCAGGAGUUAAAACAUCUUGUGCUUGAAGCUGCUGACGGUUUCUUAUUUGUGACAGCAUGCGAUUCAAGUCAAGUUGUGUAUGUUUCGGACACUGUAACAGCUGUUCUUAACCAGGCACAUUCUGAUUGGAAUAACCAUCUUUUAUAUGAUCUUGUACAUCCUGAUGAUGUUGAAAAAGUAAAAGAACAACUAUGUAUAUCUGAUACACAGAAUACAGGCCGAAUACUUGAUUUAAAGACAGGCACAGUGAAAAAGGAAGGCCAGCAAAGUUCAGUUCGUAUGUGCAUGGGGUCUAGACGUGCAUUCAUAUGUAGAAUGAGGUGUGGAAAGUCCCAGAUCAAUCAUAUGUCUUCAGCACGUCAUUUUCGGGGCAUGAACACACUAGGAUCACCAGACGACACUAAAAACCGGUACGCAGUCACCCAUGUAACCGGUUUCAUCCGAUCGUGGCCGCCUGCUGGGUUUGGUGCCGAUGGUCAAGGAGAUAAUAUGGAUGAUGUAACAAUGGGUGGAGGUGGUGGGGGGGCGGGAAACUACUGUUUGGUUGCAGUGGCAAGAUUACAGAUGACCAGCCACCCCACAUUUAACGAGGUGAAUUCAAACCAAGAGGAUACAGAGUUUGUAUCAAGACAUGGGUGCGAUGGAACUUUUACUUUUGUUGAUCUUCGUGUGUCAAAUGUACUUGGUUACCAACCACAGGAUCUCCUGAUGAAACUUCCAUCUGAGUUCUAUCAUCCUGAUGACGUUGAACACAUGAAAGAAAGUUUCAAACAAGUUAUUGUAAUGAAGGGACAGGUAAUAUCCAUGAUGUACAGGUUCAGGGCCCAAUCAGGGGAUUACAUUUGGCUACGAACGAGUUCAUUUGCUUUCCAGAAUCCUUACAAUAAUGAAAUUGAAUAUGUCGUCUCAACAAAUACUUCAAUCAAACAACCAACUGCUGAACACCAAAUUGAAGCAAUGCCCGAACAAAAGAUGAUUUACAAUCAACCUGAACCUGUACCUGAAGUCACACAACAUCAUGCUCAACCUUAUGCUAUACAAGAGCCUUCUUCAGUAGAGAUGAACUACUCACCACAAAACUUCAGCGCAAGUAGUCAACAAGCAUGGAGUCACGCACCGGUUGCAACUUCACAAGCAGAGUUUCACCAACAACCUGUACCUGAACGAUUCCCCGCUAAUAUUGGCCAAGUGAGUGUUCCAUACACAGGGUCACCAUAUGAGAACCCCACAGUACCCAUGUAUGGAACGAACCCACCCCUGCAAGCAGGACGUGAACCAUAUACUCAAGAAUCCAUGAUCCCAAUGGUAGAUCCAACCAAUGCAGCUUACGCACACAACGAGUACAAUAUUUCUAUGUUUCCUCCAUUUUCCGCUCCAUAAAAAAAAAAUUGAAAAAAUAUAUUUUGAAGCAAUUUCUGGAUGCAGUACUUUUUAAUGGUUGACGCAUAGGAAAAAAUUUGCGUUAUUUUUACAUUUUACCCUGAUUUUUAUGAAAUAUUGUUGUUUUAAAGAGUAUUGUAAAUAAGAACUGCUCCAAUGAACUGUUCCAUUUUAUUUUAGCAGCUUUGCACUUUAGUAUUGAAAACUUGAACUUUUAGCGUUGAAAAUUUGAACUUUUUUUAAAUUUUAAAUUGCCUGACACUAAAUUGGAUAUAAAAGCCCAUACUCUGCACUCAAAUUUUGAUUUUUAAUUUACCUAGUACAUUAAAUGGUUGGGCUUCUUCCAAUAGCAAAACACACGGCUGGAUUUCAGACUUAACCCAUUAAAAACACCCCAGAAUCUCGUUAAAUGAAUUUAGGUUUACCAGAAUGCCGAUCUGAUAGUUUAAGGCAUUGUUUUUUUAUUAUUUUAGCGUAUUAUUUUCUGAGACACUUUAAGCGAAGCAGGCUAUAAUCAAACUAAUUGUUUUUUCAUUUUAAACAACUACUGGUUCGAAUUUUAAUUUACAAACCCAGUCCUGUUUUUAGAGUACAUUAGUGCCUCUGUAUAUUGUAUUUGAUGAUUUAUGUGCAAACGGCCAAUUUAAAGCACAUUGCACUUUCGCAAGCUUAAAAUUGCUAUUGUUCCCCAACCAAAUUGCAUUGUGUUGAAAACUAUGUACAAAUAUUGUGUUUUUUUGGCAGUGAUAAUAACUUUUUAAUUUUUCAUAUGCAUUUUUUGUUUUAUUCUAAAUAAGUGAUGUCCUAUGCUUAGCAGUUGGGGACACGAAAUUCAGGCCAAAGUUGGCCUAUUAUCCUUUUUGUGUUGCUUAUUUUUGUCUGGAUAAUCAGAUAUGUAUAUUGUGUCAAGAGAUGUUUAUACAGAACUAUCAUUGCCAAUACCUUCAUAGUACAAGUUGCUUAUCUUAUGCAACAAAUCAGCAGAGCUGCUGAAAGUGGGAAAUUAAUAAUAAAACUUGCACAUAAUAUA